UAUAUCAAAGAAAAUAGUGAUUGGUUUCGAAAUUCAUGGAUGAACAUAUCACACUUCCGCCGGGAUUCCGAUUCCACCCGACCGACGAAGAACUGAUAACUCAUUAUUUAUUGAAGAAGGUUCUUGAUUGUAAUUUCUCUUCUGUACCCAUUGGAGAUGUUGACAUGAACAAAGUUGAGCCAUGGGAAUUGCCUUGGAAAGCAAAACAAGGGGAAAAAGAGUGGUACUUUUUCUGCGUUAGGGACAAGAAAUACCCGAACGGGCUGCGAACAAACAGGGCGACGGCCGCAGGGUAUUGGAAAGCAACCGGAAAAGACAGAGCGAUUUUCCGGGGAAAAAACAUCGUCGGGAUGAAGAAAACCCUAGUUUUCUACAAAGGUAGAGCUCCAAAAGGUGAAAAAUCCAAUUGGGUCAACCAUGAGUACAGAUUGGAAGGCAAAUUCUCUCUCCAAAAAGUCACAAAUUCAUCAAAGAAUGACUGGGUGAUAAGCAGGGUAUUUCACAAGACUUGUGGGGGUAAAAAAGUACAUAUUUCGGGGCUAACAAGAAUGGAUACUUCGGGAAACGAAAUGGUUACUUCAACAACUACACAAUUUACGGAUCGUUUUCCAGGCAACGUGCCCUGCUUCUCCAGUUCCAUUGUCGAUCCUGUAAAAUUCCAGGGGAGUUUGAGUAGCAACCCUGUUUUUCCGUUCGCUUCGAAUCCGGUAGACUAUUUUCCAGGCGACGCAUUUUCCAGGGGACAGUUUCCAGGAAUGGAUUUCAGGUUCCAGGAUCCCUCGAUUUUCCGGGCUUUGAUGACGAGUUAUGGGGAGAAGAUGAAUCAAGAGAGAGAAAUGGUGAGUGUGUGUUCCCAUCAAAGUGAAAGUUCUUCUGCUCUUUCAAAUCUUGAAAUAGAAAAGAAACCAUUUCAAGAAUAUUACUACACUUGGAGUUGAUUAUAAUUCUUGAUAGGAAGUAAUAGUUGAAAGUUGUGAAGGAAAACAAAAUUUGUAGAAAAUCUAGACAUUUUAUUAUUGGGAAACUUGCAGUUUGCAUCCCUUAAGUUUGCACAAAUUUCACAUUUGGCCCCAUGUUCAUAAAAAAAUACAUUUGGUCUUUUAUGUUUCAACAAUUUAAUA